GUUGCUGCUAUCCUGCAACAUCCAAGCUGUACGUAACCUUGUCAGCAUUUCUGCCGUUUGUCUUGACGCCGUGUCUGAAAGCGCGUGCGGACUCUGCGUCACGCGGUUUCCUCUCCACCUAUUGCCAGUACUUCACAGCCCGUGUGGUUGUUGUCCUUAUUGCCCCCGACGUCGUCUGAUUGUUGCUUUGACAAUAAUUUGGGCGCUUAAUCGAUUCACCCAUCAAAAAGUAAUACAAGUUCUUUCAUCAUUGCUCCACGCGCUGUGGCAGUGGACGCUCGGUGCUGUACAAUACAUAUAUAGCGGUACUUUUUGUCCAGGAAAGAAAUCAAAAAGUAACAUCAACGAUACUAAGUGACGCGCUCAAUUUGAGUUGCACAUUCUCCCCCGCGUGGGAAAAAGCAAGCGUCUCUGUCUUCAAUUAUUAUUAGUGUUAAUAUUAUAUACAUAUCUCCUCGUCGUUCUCACUUUUACCGUUAUAUAUAUAUAUAUAUAUGUGGGUGUGUGACGGCAUUUCGUGUAUGUCAAACAACGCUUCGCCUCACUACCGAUUCUGCUUCUCUUCGUUUUUUUCCCCCCUCUCUUUCCCUCCGUUCGAUCUAAGCUUGGAAGUGGUCGUCGCUUUUUUGUUGUUGUUUUUGCCGAUAAAUACGACAAAAGAGGUUUUUUUUUCUCUUACUGUGCUCCGUCGCCUUUCUUGCGUUUGCUGUUCUCAACUUUUUUUUCUUGACUUUUGAGUUUCCUUAUCAUUACCCCAGGAGCUUGCGACCUCUGCGUUCGUUCUCAGCGCCCGCUGAGAGCUUUAACGAAGGAAAAACUGAAACACAAUUCACCGAUUAAACUAACGAAUGUGAACUGAGUGAGUUGCGCUUGACAAGGAACAAAGGCAACUCUUUUCUCUUCACAGUCGCAGGUUUUGGAAGAUCGCAAGGGCAUACUUCUCUCCGUUUUAUUCCUCUUUUGUUUAUUAUUACUGUUAUAAUUAUAUGAGAUCGUUUUCCUGUCAUUGCUGCGUUCUUCACUGAUUGGGUUUCUCUGCCUGUAUUGGUGGAUUUUCUACAUAACCGUUUUUCCUUUGUCUUCACUCCAAAUAUAUUUAUGGUAAGUUAGAGGCGGCACAAUAAUAAUCGAAGCUUCUUUCUUCCUUCCACCCCCCGUUUUUCUAUCUCUCUCUCUCCGGCAGGGAAAGAUCCAUUUUGAUCUGUAUCGGCCACCUGUUGACUUCUUCCUUAUUAUUUGUUUUUCUUUGGUUUACCUGAUGCUGUGCUCCCUUUUUUUUUUUUGCGACUAUCUGUUUGUUCUUCUUCUUUUUUCCCCAGUGGCCUUUUUUUGGUUUUCGCGUUUCCAGUUGCCGUUGAUGAUUACUACUUCCUUAUUUCUUAUAUUUUUUCUUGUAUCAUCAUUGUUUGACUCACCCGUGUAUUAAUAGUAAGUGGGAAGUCAAGGACUACUUUUCAGCGCCGGAUUCUAACUCAGUAGAUAAUAUCUACCUUGUCACGUACCCGCAAGCCUCACAGCUGGUGUUAUCCGCUCUUAUAAUUUAUUUAUCCGUUCCGCAUUUCAUGCGGGUGUUUUCCUUCGUCGCGACUGUCUUCAGUAGUGUUAUUCAGCUUGGGUUUGCUUUCGUUUUAAAAAGAAAACUGUCAUCGCUUUAGUUAACCUGUUUUCCUGCUCUUCUGUUUUUUCGUAAAAAAAAAAUAAACCGGCAUGGAUCGAUCCGAUGUAGACACGCCCGCUGGGCUUGAUCGUCACUGGAAGUGUGGCUCGCUCAGCCGCGCUUCGAAGGAGGCGCACCUCGCUGAGCUUCUCCAGCGCUUCUUCGCACUCCACCCGUUUUACAACGCCUCCAGCGCAUUUUUUCGGUCGUGCAAUCUGGAGGGAAGAGUGGAUGGGCGUCAGAUGGACGCGGAUGGCGCCGCUCAGCAACCCACGGCGGCGGCCACUCUUGACGCACCGGCUGCGUCGCCGCGCGGCACAAUUCAGCGUCUUCUCGGCGUCGGUGUGUGCAGCAUCGUGUUGCACGCCAAACGCUAUGUCCCGGCGCCGCCGAGCUCGUUGCAGCACCUUAUGGACUCCUCCUUCACCGUGACAGAUGGGCUACCGUCGCUGACCAGCACGCCGCUUCAACCGCCGAACAUCAGCUGUGACCGCAGCUACAGCAACAAUAUCAGCAAUAGUGCUUCCAACAGCGUUAGCAGCGGUACGUCAUUCCAACACGAUGGCGACCGCGCCGUUGCCGUUCCUUUUGCGGUGAAAUUUGUCUCGCUGGAGGACGCUUCACUUCGGAUGAUCAGCUGCUGUCUGCGCGAGGCCCGUGUGCUCCGCUCUUGCAGCUUUUUCUCUAUCAUGAAGCUUUACCGCAGCUACGUGACCGUGCGCAACGAGGUGACGGACACAGAGAAGACCAUCGACGCGCACGAUGGCAUCUUAGCCCACCGCGGCAUCACCGCGGUGACGAUGGAGCUCGAGUACCUCAACUCCGGCGACCUGCGAGCGGAGCUGGAGACACGCGCGCGCCAGAGCCCGCGCCGCUUCUUCUCGCAGCGUAAUAUCCUUCUCAUCUUUGUGCAGCUCGUCAUGGCCGUCCACUACCUGCACGCGAAACUGAAGAUCCUGCACCGCGACAUCAAGUCGGCCAACGUUUUCCUCUGUAGCAACGGUGUCGUCAAGCUUGGUGACUUUGGCUUUUCGAAGCCCUUUGAGGGGGCGGAUGGGGUGCAGACGGCACGCAUUGGCAGCUUCUGUGGCACGCCCCACUACAUCGCACCUGAGGUGUGGUCUGUUGAGCCCUACAGCGAGAAGGCGGACAUGUUCUCGCUCGGCGUCGUCCUGUUUGAGAUGAUGGAGAUGCGCCGGCCCUUCAGCGGCACCUCGAUCGAGCCGAUACGAGAUUCCAUCAUGAAUAGCCACUUGAACCCACCUCGUUUUGAGAACGACGUGUACAGUACGGCGCUCAAGACGCUGGCGCUCCGACUACUAGACAAAGAACCCAACCGACGACCUUCUGCUGUGCAGAUCCUUGCCAUGCCGCUGAUGCGAGAGGCGAUUGGGACACUGUUGGGGGUGGUGUUUCAUGACGCGUCCUCCCCCUCUUGCUCCGUAUGCGAGCCCAACAACAGCUCGAGCGGGCUGCUCAACGCGUCGGUUACGGCGGAUGCUAGCAACGGGACGCCGCCCGGUCUACACUCCCCGGUGCCCCCUGCCAUCCGCGCCCACCUUGGUAGCAGCAGCACACUCAACCUCAAUGGAGAGGAGCGGGUGGCGAUUUUGGCCGAUGUGCGUGGCGUCGUGGCGGACGUGGUGCGCUACUUGGUGCAGCCCGAUCGAGUGCCGGCGGUGGAGGCGAAGCCGCAGCCCAUUACUCAAUGUGCCUGCGUAUCUCUCCCACCGCUCGCUACCCCUGUGUGCCUGCCUCGUGCCCCAUCCGUUACUUCAUUUCCGAACGCCACCACGGCUGCUGCGACGGACGUGACCGUGACGAAUGUGAUGUCCGGCACCUUGCAGAAGGAGAGCGGCAAGGGGAAAUGGAAGCGCCGCUACCUGCAACUGGUGCGUCGCGACGUCACUGCUCGCUCGCCGUCGACGACAACGGCGGUGCAGUGCUCUGCGGCGACCUCGUCCUCGUACGAAAUCUACCUCAGUGUGUCCCAGAAGUCAAGUGAGCAGGGCGGGCCGCGCAAGGCGCAGCAGUUGAGCGGCUACAUUGACUGUUACCCCCUCGAGCUGGACAACUACAGCGGGUUUGUGCUGCAGUCCGGCAACGGAUCUGUUGUGCGGUUUACCUCUGGCACUGCGGACGAGCGGGAUAAAUGGGUGGAAGUCUUUCUAGAGUGCAUCUUGCGGCAACGUCUUCCCGUGUAA